AUGGCAGACGUGGUGAGCGUCGGUGUGAAUUUGGAGGCUUUCUCUCAGGCUAUCAGUGCAAUUCAAGCAUUACGUUCGAGUGUGACUCGCGUGUUUGAUUCUUUAAAGGAUGGCAUGAAAAAUAAGGAGACACUGGAAGGACGAGAGAAGGCGUUUAUCUCCGAAUUCCAGGAUAUACUGCAGUCAGUCAACCGGGAUCUCAAUGAGCUGGAACGUCUCAGCAACCUUGUGGGCCGACCUUCUGAGAGCCAUCCUCUGCAUAAUAGUGGAUUACUGAGCCUCGAUCCUGUGCAGGACAAGACGCCCCUCUACAGCCAACUUCUUCAGGCCUACAAGUGGUCCAAUAAGCUUCAGUACCAUGCAGGCCUCGCAUCCAGCCUACUGAACCAGCAGUCCCUAAAGCGGUCCGCCAAUCAAAUGGGGGCCUCAGCAAAACGUCGCCCGAAGGUCCAGCCGUCCACCCUCGUCAUUCCUCCACAAUACGUGGACGACGUGAUUUCUCGCAUUGGCAGGAUGUUCCCCGACAUGUCGAUUGAACUCUUCAGGCCCAACGGAACCUCCGCUGUGCUUCUGGUGACCUUGGGGAAGGUGCUAAAAGCCAUCGUGGUGAUGAGGAGCCUCUUCAUCGAUCGGACGAUCGUCAGAGCAUUCAAUGAGAACGUCUACUCCGAGGACGGCAAGAUUGAUAUUUGGUCUCGCUCCAACUACCAGGUGUUCCAAAAGGUGACGGAUCACGCGACCACAGCCCUCCUUCACUACCAGCUGCCCCAAAUGCCCGACGUGGUGGUGCGGUCGUUUAUGACGUGGCUCCGAAGUUACAUCAAACUCUUCCAAGCCCCCUGCCAGCGCUGUGGCAAGUACCUUCAAGACGGCCUGCCGCCCACCUGGAGGGACUUUCGCACCCUGGAGGCCUUCCAUGACACUUGCCGCCAGUGAGGUGACACGAGGACUGUUUAUAGAUUUUUAUACAUUGAGCUUUCUACUUCCUGUUCUGCUCCAAUAAAGCGCCUUUUUCAUUUGGAGUGCCAA